GACCCGGAAACUUACACCUUCAGUCCAACAUCUCACGUGUCCAACUCUCCCCUUCCUGUGCUGAUAUAUCGAAAUGUGCUCUCACCUUCAACGUCCCCAGACAAGACAUCAUCAGCCUCACAGUCAGUCACCGCCACUCCGUGCGCACGCAGAUCGAAGCGAACAAGUGGCUCGAUGGUGGAGAGUUUAAGCACUGCCAGACGCACCACUUCCACCGCGUGACGCCUGAGUGUUACGCCGUGUUUUGUGGGCGCGGUCGGCUGUUGCUGGGAAAGGGGCAGUUGGAUGAGAACGCGCAGGGAAGAGAGGUUGAGUAG